GUCCCGCUCAGAUCCCCGGCAUCGCCGCGGGGGGACUUUUGACUCCCAGAAAAGUUAAUUAAAAAUACGUAAAAAUACAAAAGAAGACGAAAAGCAACAAGUCCCUUCGGCCGGGACCGCGCGACAGCUUUUUAUUUUUUGGGGAAAAAAGACGAUUUCCCCACUGGGAAGAGGAGAAACACCGCCCCCCCCCCCCCAGACACUCGAGCCUCUUACCGGGAAGGAGGAAAAAAACCAAAUCCCGAGAGUUACUUUUUUGUUUGUCUGUUUUUAAUUGAUUUUGCGGCAUUUCCACUAUCCCGAGGAGCCAGGACGGGCAGGGGUCCCGCCGAGCAGCCCACCCGCCCCCUCCCCACCGCAGCGCCCCAUGGCUCAGCGCUCCAGCUGAGCCCCCAGCCCCGUUCCAGGCGGUGUCUGUGCCCCGAUCCCGCCGGGAUGUUCAGCUGGAUGCGGCGGCAGCAGCCGAAGCCCCCCGAGGCGGCCACCACGGUCAUCCAGGGCCUCAAGACCCUCUACAAGAAGAAGCUUCUCCCCGUGGAGGAAUUUUACCGUUUCCACGAUUUCCAUUCGGCCGCUUUGGAAGAUGCGGAUUUUGACACCAAACCCAUGGUGUUGGUGAUGGGUCAAUAUUCCACCGGGAAAACAACUUUCAUCCGGUACCUGCUGGAGCAGGAGAUCCCGGGCAGCCGGAUCGGGCCCGAACCCACCACCGAUUCCUUCGUGGCGAUCAUGCACGGGGAGACCGAGGGGGUGACCCCCGGAAACGCCCUCAUCAUGGACCCCCAAAAACCCUUCCGCAAGCUCAAUCCCUUCGGGAACACCUUCCUCAACCGGUUCAUGUGCGCCCACCUCCCCAACCAGGUCCUGGAGAGCAUCACCCUGAUCGACACCCCCGGGAUCCUCUCGGGGGCGAAGCAGCGAGUCAGCCGGGGCUAUGACUUCCCAGCCGUGCUCCAGUGGUUCGCCGAGCGCGUGGACCUCAUCAUCCUCCUCUUCGACGCCCACAAGCUGGAGAUCUCGGACGAGUUCUCCGAGGCCAUCCGAGCCCUCAAGGGCAACGAGGACAAGAUCCGGGUGGUCCUGAACAAGGCGGACAUGGUGGAGACGCAGCAGCUGAUGAGGGUCUAUGGGGCCCUGAUGUGGUCCCUGGGGAAGGUGUUCAACACCCCCGAGGUUCUGCGCGUCUUCAUCGGGUCCUUCUGGGCCGAGCCGCUCCUCAACGCCGAGAACCGGCGGCUCUUCGAGCUGGAGGAGCACGACUUGUUCCAGGACAUCCAGAACCUGCCCCGAAACGCCGCCCUGAGGAAGCUCAAUGACCUCGUCAAGCGGGCACGGCUCGUCAGGGUCCACGCGCACAUCAUCAGCCGCCUGCGCAAGGAGAUGCCCUCGGUCUUCGGGAAGGAGCACAAGAAGAAGCAGCUGAUCUCCAAGCUGCCCCUGCUCUUCGCCCGCAUCCAGCUGGAGCAGCACAUCCCGCCCGGCGACUUCCCGGACUGCGCCCGCAUGCAGGUGGGGGGCAGGGCCGGGGUGCUGACCCUGUCCCGGGGACCCAUCGGGAUCCUGUCCCCGUCCCGCACAUUCCCGGUGGAUCCCGUCCCGCACAUUCCCGGGCUCGUCCCGCGGGGAGCGCGGGUCCCCAGCGGGUCCCCAGCGGGUCCCGAGCGGCCCCGGCCCCGCGGCGGGUCACAAGAUGGCGCCGUCCCGCCUCACCUCAGCCGACCUGCCUCCCCGCCCCCGCCGCGGUGCAUGACGGGUAAGCAGCCUCCGCCGGCAGCCCGCCAUUUUCUGCCGGGAAAGGCGGGAAGGGAGCGAGAGCAGCGACAGCUUCGCCGCGCGACCCCCCGUCCCCUCCCCAACGGCUCCAGCGCCGCCCCCAGCCGGGCACGCAGUCCCGCCUUCCGUCUGCCUCCGCUCGCUGAUUGGCUGCGGGGCGGCGGCGCUGAUUGGCUGGGCAGCCGGGAGGGGAUAGGUCGAGAGAUGUGUCCGUCAAAGGGGGAGACUCGGCGGCUCCGCCCGCUUUCUGGCGGCGUACGAGUCUAUUGGCUGGGUCGCGCCAGCCAAUCAGGUGUGCGGUCGCUUGGGCACGUGGUGCGGCGCGAAGGCUUCUGGGAGCUGUAG